AGUGCAGAGUUUCCACUGCGAGGAAUAACAGUGAGACGGUUGCUUUCACCCCUUAAACCCAACUACUUCUGGACGACGACAACGCCGACGACGACCACGACGACUCAUCAUUAUCUCCACUUCUCGAACCGCUCACUCUCUGAAUAACUAUUUAUACUAUUUCAUUUAAGCGAAGCACUUUCUGUAGAAUAUUCUGGACUCCAUUUUGCGACUGCAGUACAGGAAAAUUAUUUCUCAAUUCUCUCAUUUAUCUGCUGUUGGGAAGGUUGAGACAUCGUCAUCAGUACUACCUCUUGAAGGUGACGAAAUCCUCCAGUGUCAAAACUGAAGUGUGGUCAAAAGCAUCAGUGAACAGGAAGGAAUUGGGUUAACCUAUUCAGUCAUCAAUAUGCAUAAGACGUCAAUGUGGAUGAUUGUGGGCUGCAUUUCAGUAAUGGCUUUCCUACGGGUAGCGUUUGCCUAUCCAAACUACCAACCAGCACCCGAAGGGUUCAGGCCAAUGGUGGAAGUGGAAGAUCCAGAAGCAGUUCUUGAAAUGCUGGCUCGACUUGGACAGAGCAUUUUGAGAGCGAAGCAUGACGGCUCAAAUGCCAAACGUGGGCUGGAUCUUGGACUUGGUCGUGGAUUUUCUGGAAGCCAGGCUGCUAAGCACAUCAUGGGCUUGGCUGCCGCAAACUUUGCAUCUGGUCCAGGCAAGAGGAAGCGGAUGGAGGGAGCCUUAGAUUACCCAGUGAGCUCUUCAGGCCUCGACGUCCCCCCACUUUCUGGAUCAGAGUGGUACAACAAGAGUUAAUUUUCCUUCAUGUCCAUGCACAAAGCAUUAUUCUGGACCUGCUAAAUCAUUUAUAUGGUUGGAGGAGAAGACAGAAAAAGAAGAAAAAUAUGAAAACUCUGUUGAUACAGACAUCCAAAAUCUUACCAAGUCAACAAUUUCACCGCAUUUAGUAGUACGAGAUGUUAAUACUAUUGUUAUUAUUAUUAUUAUUAGAUUAGUGGAUAUAGUAAUCAUCAAUUAAUGUAUGUAUUAGUCCUAUCAAAAUUAUUAAUACACUAAAUACUACAUGUAACAGUAGACUUUCACCGUAAUAUGAAAUCGCUGAGAGUGAGUUCAGUAUUCCUGCAAUAUAAAUACAUACACCAGCCAACCAUAACUAACCAACCAACCAAUAAAUUGCAAAUAAAAUGCUUGUAAAAAGGUCUCGUGGAAAUAUAUAAGCACAGUUCUUCUACAUCUAUGUACCUUCCUUACUAGGGCUACAGUUGAGAUUGGAAUAUCAUGAAUGUGUAAUGCACACAUGUUAUGUAAUAAUUUAAUAUAUUGCCAUCUAAUAAACUGUUGUAGUCCUGUUAGUUGCACAUUUAAACUUUCAAAUAUGUCCAUAGAUCUAGUAUUUUAAAUGUCCACAGAUAUAAUCCACGUCAAUCAGCUAUCAACUAAUUACUACUAUAACUGACUAACUAUGUAUUUGAUUAUUUUAUUGGAAUCUGAAAAUGAAAAGUUGUAUUAUGCAUGCAAACAUACAUACUUAUUCUAUAUAAUCAUCACUCUAACAAAUUGAUACAGGUAAAUUACAGGAGGAUUUCCAGCGUAGAACUUGAAUUUCUUUAUAUAUCUAUGAACAGAUUGAUAAUUCUUCUCAAUAAAAUUCACCCACUGUAGCGUUACGUAGUUA